AUCAGAUGUCAGACGAGUGUAAAACGGAAUACGCGAACCAUUUGCAGAAGAGCAACGAACUCCAGAGGAGACACUACGCGGAACUGAUGCCAAAGAUAUUUAAUCAGUUGCAGGACAUGGAGGAGCGUCGCGAGGCGUGUAUUCAAAAUUUCAUGAGACAGAGCGCACACAUUCACCGACAAGUGUUUCCCAUUAUUGAUAAAUGUCUCGAAGGUGUGAUCAAAGCGGCGGAGAUUAUCGACCCGAAAGAGGACACCCGACAAGUGAUAGAGAGGUAUAAAUCGGGAAAUAUGCCGCCCGAAGACAUCCCAUUCGACGACUUGAGUAAUCCGAGGCCAGAGUCGGAGAAUGGCAUUCCCUCCAGAGGUAGUACUUCUCUGAAUUAUUCCACUUCAAUCAAAUCGGAGACAUUGAGAGGAACCCUAUCGGCCGCCCGGUUCAAGAAAAGGGGCGGUAUUUUUGGCAUUUUUGGCUCAAACAAAUCCAAUGUUGACGAUUCAAAGGACGAUUACGCAGAUCUGCCACCAAACCAGAGGCGUAAGAAGAUUCAGGCGAAGAUCGAGCAAAUCCAGAAUCAAUUCACUCAAGAGACGGCUGUCAGGGACGGCCUCAUGAAGAUGAGACAGGCCUACGAACAGAACAGCGCUUUGGGUGACCCGAACUCAGUCGAGGGACAGUUGACCGAAAACGGACAGAAAAUGGAGAAACUGAAGACAGAA